AUGAAGACCCCGGUCGUUGGGGGGGGGAAAGGUGAGGUAUUCAGACCGCUGGCGAAUGGAAGGGCCGUAAGGCCCCAAGCGAGGGCAGGAGGAAAAGAUGAUGAAGCAGAGGAGCGGUCGCAAGGAAACCACGGAACGAUCAACUCCACGGCAUUGCCGAUUCAGUCUGCGGGGCAACUAAAACAGGGACUAAAAAACAGGGACCUAGAAGGCAGCAGAAGAGGAGAAUGUCCGGGGAAGGUGAAGAACCCACGAGAAAGAGUGACUGGACUGACUAGCUUUCUUUUCUCUCUCACACACACCACAGACACCACGGUCGGGUCAGACCAUCAGACAGUGAGAACAAGGAUUGUAGUUGGGGAAAAAGGCGGGGAAGCCAGACGGAGACCAACCAAGCCCGGGGCUCUCUCCGGAUCGUCAGGUCAAUGCCAUCGUGGCCCAUCAUGCAAUCCCACUCAGGGUGACCAGACACGGUGGACUAUUUUCCUGCAUGGUUUCAUGGGCCAUGCUGUCCUUGCGCCAAUGACAAGGCGGAUCGGAUAG